GGGGGCCGGUGUGUAGCGCGAGGCGUGGAGUGUCGGCGACAAUCUGCGCGAUGUGAAGAGAGAUAACAGACCAGACCUGCCAUACUGAGCCCUUAUCGGCCACGUGUGUACACUGAGCUAAUCUUGAGAGUCACCCCACCCUACCCUGCCACCCACCCCAGCUCGCAUCAAGUGAGACCAGCGCUCAGCAGACUUGAGUUCCGAGGCGAGCACUGUGGUUUGACUGCCAGAGAACAUGAUGCUCAUGUCUGGCUGUGUUCGAACCUAGCGAGGUGUGAACAAGAGUUUUUUGAAAUGGUUCUGACCUCGCAGCUAUUCAUGGCAGUUGUGAUUAGUGCGAGAGUAAGAACUGCCUCCUGACACCAUCCUUCAGUCGACAUCGAGCGUCAGCAACUUCUGUCACCUUCCAUCUCGCCGGUCUCUUUGCGACUCAGCGAUGAGCAACAAAGACUUUGUACACGACACGGUGAUGAACAACAAAGGCUUCCCCACGACUCAGCGACGAGCAGCAAAAGCUUGUGGCACGACCUGCUACAGCGACGACUGGUCAAGACGUUGGAGUUGGGGUUGCGGGACUGCCCCUUGCAAGAGGAAGUGACGUCAGCUCAGGCCAACAGGUACGGUGCUGUACCCGUCCGCUGGAGCAGUGCGCCCGCUGGCAUCGACAAGGCACACAGUCAGGAUGAAGAGGACGACAACGGCGAUGAAGACGAGGACGAAGCUUUUGACGCAAGACAACAACAGUCGAAGGGAUGCUCACGCGCCAGAAGAAAGCAGACGUCUGCUGAAUUCCGUAGCCGAAGCUGGCGAUAAUGAGGAAGAUGUGGGACCAGUCAAGUUCUUCACUCAUGAGCUUUCUAUCCGGGGCCGGCUUCGUCGAGUUUUUAUCAGGAAUCCCAGCACACGUUUAGCCAGCACUUUUUUUGAUCUCAUUGUCAAGGUGCUUGUGUGUGCAGUCUAUGCACUCCGGGUUAUACUCGAUGACUCCAGUAAUUAUGCAUGCAAUGGCUCACCUUGUCACAAAUCUGAUAACACUUCUUCUGAAAGUGAUGGUGAUAACAUGGUCUUCUCCACUGCCAACAUCAACUGGUAUGUGUUGGUCUGGGUGCACCGACCACUUGCACUUUGGAUUGUGGAGUUGGUUUUAGCAGCGAUGACCUUACUCAAAGAUCUGCUUUUUAUCUACAUUGCUACAAAGGGUCAUCGGCUAGAGCAAGUACUGACAUCAGGGUUCCUACUAGAGAUUGUAUGCUCUGUUCCAAUGCUGGCCACGGUGACCUAUCCACCACUCUUGCAGAAUUUAUUUGUACCAACAUUCCUCAAUUGCUGGCUUGCCAAGCGAGCUCUGCACAGAAUAUUUAAUGAUCUGCAUUUGACCAGGCAAAGAUUCCAGACUAUCUCUGUCACCUUAUCACAACAGAUGAUACUGUUGAUAGCAAACCUUUUAUGCCUUGUGUUUACCACGAUAUGUGGGAUCCAACACAUACAGAGAGGAAGUGCUAACUCUCCACUGACCUUAUUUGAGUCCUUUUACUUUGUCAUCGUAACAUUUUCUACUGUUGGUUAUGGUGAUAUUUCCCCAGACAUUUGGCUUGGACAGUUCUUCAUGAUUCUCAUGAUGGUUGUGGCAUUAUCAUUUGUUCCAAGACAGAUUGAAGGCCUAGCUUCAACAUGGCUUGAGCGACAGAAGGUAGGAGGAGAGUAUAGUGUGCGGACUGCCUCUCGCAACAAACAUGUCAUUGUUUGCUCCACAAGCCUCACACAGGAAACUGUCAUGGACUUCCUCAAUGAAUUCUACGCUCACCCUAAACUUGAGAUCACUCCUUCUCACAAGGCUUUGCAGGAGCAUAUGGUGAUACUGCUUUGUCCCCAAGAACUGGACAGCAGCAUGCAAGUGAUCUUGAAGGAUCCCAAGUGGGCCCACAGAGUCAUCUACAUGAAGGGGUCGGCUCUUAAGGAUAUCGACCUUAAACGGUGCAGGCUUGUUCAAGCAGAAGCUUGUUUUUUCUUGGCCCCAAGACCAGCCAGUAACAAGGAUAAAGCUGACCAGCACACAAUUUUAAGAUCAUGGGCAGUGAAGGAUUUUGCUCCACACUGUAAGCAGUAUAUCCAGCUUUUCAAGGGCAGAAACAAGAUGCAUGUCAAGUUUGCAGAGCAUGUUGUGUGUGAAGAUGAGUUCAAGUAUGCACUUCUGGCAAACAACUGCCUGUACCCAGGCCUGUCCACUCUAGUCUCCCUUCUUGUUCACACCUCCAGUGGCCUCCUGGCACAGUUCCUUUCUGACGGUGAAGGAGAUCUAGCUCCACACCCAUGGCAGCAGACCUAUGGGCAUCACUCUGGAAAUGAAAUCUACCAUAUCCAGCUGCACAAGAGCAUCUUCUUUUCAAGAUAUGAAGGAUAUCGCUUUACACAGGCCUCUGCUGAGGCUCAUCAGAGGUUUGGUGUUACCCUCAUGGCGGUGUUAGAUGGAGACAGCACUGUGCCUCGGCGCCUGCAGCUCAACCCUGGCUCUGACUACAUUUUGAAGAAGGAUGACUUUUGCUUUUACAUGAGCAUAACAAGAGAGGAAUAUUCAGACAUUCCCCCAGAGGCCUUGGUGGAAAGACCAAGUCAAACCAAGCUUACACAGAAUUUAGAGUUGAUUGCUGAAGCUCUGCAAAAGUAUCAUGAUGUUGAAGGUGAUAAAGAAGUGGAAACAGAUGAUCAAGAUGUGACUGUCUUUGACACAAUUACAAGUCUGAUGGGGCGUGACAUCUCCCAUCUCUUACGCCGCCAUGUAGUUGGAGGCGAAGGUCAUAUUAAGUCAAGUGUGACAUGGCAUGAAAGAGACGGCGAGAAGAGAGAAUCUGUGAUACGAUCAUAUGAAUCAGCAAGAAGGCAGAGUGAGGAUGUUCUUGGAUUGAAAGAUGUUGGAAUCCGACUGGGGAACAAUGGUUCUUUGGUUGAGAUGGAUCAUCGCCAUGAUGCUGGCAAGGUUCUUCAGUUUUACAAUGAUAUGGGAAAAGAGAAACUGACCACUGGACCUCCUCCAGUGACAAUCUAUAUGGGUAGUCGGCGGGCUGUGUGUCACAUCAUGAGAGAACCUCGACCUCUAUGCUGCUUGGAAUGGGGUGUGAACUGUGUUCACUGCCAAUACAAAAAUGCAAAUGAUGAACGCUGGCACCACCAGCUUAUCCUAAUGGCAGCACAGAACCCCAGCAGUGGCAUUAACAACUUCAUUGUGCCGCUCCGCUCCAGCUUCAUUGCAGUCAAUGGACUCUCUCCAAUUGUUCUGUUGUUAGAGAAUGAACCAAGCGCUAUCUUCCUUGACACCAUUGCACGGUUUCCACUAGUCUAUUGGAUGAAGGGCUCUAUCAAAAGUCUGGACGAUUUACUGAUGGCUGGAAUCAACAAGGCCAGCCAUCUUGUUGUGGUUAACAGAGAAUCACAAGAAAGCAUGACUGGAGAAGAAACUCUGGCUGACUCAGAAACAAUCAUGGCAGUGCAGACAGUGUUCAGGAUGUUCCCUAAUGCAAACAUUGUCACAGAGCUGAGCCAAGCAUCCAACAUGCGCUUUAUGCAGUUUUCCGCACAAGAUAUUUACUCACAGAAAGUCUCGCAUCUUGAACAGAAACUUAAAGAGACCCUGACAUCCAAUCUAAGCCACAUAUUUCGGUUGCCAUUUGCAGCUGGCCAAGUGUUUAGUGCUAGCAUGCUAGACACACUACUGUAUCAGACAUUCGUGAAAGGCUAUUUAAUUACCUUUGUUCGGCUUUUGCUUGGGAUGGAUGCAGAAGAGGGCUCAGGUCACCUGUCCAGUAUACGAGUGAAACGUGCCACCAUUGAGAGGUUUGGCACAUAUGGUGAACUAUAUCAGGGAUUGUGUUCAGCCACUGGGGAGAUUCCUAUUGCUGUCUACCGCACUGAGAGGCAAGCAGGAGCUUUGAAGCCAAUGCCUGGAGAAGUUUGUCAGAGCAGCAUGGACUGUUUAUAUGACUCUCCAUCCAAGAAAAAGAAAAAGAGUGCGACGAAGAAAACAUCAUUGGUCUGCAAUCCAUUUGUUGCCUUCAACAAUUCAGAGUCAGUUGACAUUGGGGGCUUAGUGCGGAACAGACUACGCAGCCUGGAUAUGUCACUCAGUGACUACUCUGAAGUGAAGAAGCGCCCGAAUAGUAUUUCAUAUGUGAUUGCAAACCCAGCUCCCAAAAGGAAGUUGAAAGUUGGGGAUAUUGUCUAUGUCAUCCAACCCAGUUCCAUGAAAGCCAAGCCCAGUAAACAAAAGUCAUGGAUCACACGAUCUCAUAGCUUCAGUGGUCCAGUUAGUUCUAAGUUUUCUGCAGACUCACCGUCUGUAUCCCUACAAAAUGCUGCCCCACAAAAUGAAAAGAACGAUGAGAAAAUCAAACAGGUUGGAAGGUUUAAACUCAAGCGCUGUACCUCAGACAAGCAGUCACAGCAGCCCAAAAAGGAGCCUUCUGAUGACUCUGCUGCAUGAUAUUUCAGGAGUCUUCAAUCUUCAUGUCAUCAGACACUUGUUUAUCUUCUGGGAAUAUGGCAGGGUGAUGUGUUGUGCAUGUUUCAUCUUUUUAUGUAUGUGUGUGUGUGUCAUGCAUGAGCAUACAUAUGGGUGAAUAUGUCUUACCAUAGAUGUUUCCAUGUUAAAUGCAAACACCCACAUUUUGAGCGAUUUGUGCGACUGUUGGAGUAUUCAAUUUUUGUUGGCCAGUUGGUUUGAAUCUCACAAGUAAUCUUAAAAUACUUGUCCAGAAAAGGUACUUAUUCACAUUUUUGGUCUGUUUUCACUCACAACAACCAAAACUACCAAGAGCAGUACAGCUAGUCCAGUUCUCUAGACCAGUGGUUCUCAAAGUGUGGUCUGCUGACCACUUGUGGGCCACACACAUAAGUCAGGUAGUUUGCCGCUGACAGUCAUAAUAUGUCAGCAAAGUAAUGGUUAAAUCACAAUAUACGAGAAUUAGUCCAGUUUUGAUUUCACUCGAGUUUUAAAUUUAUCAACUGCUUGUUCAUAUAAAAGGCUCCCUUGCCAACUGAGUCUUUGUGUCAUUUUUUUUUUUUUUUUUUUGCGUCAUUGCGUCAUCUGUUACCCUUAGUAACGCAGUGCGCUUAUUUUUAAUUUUUAUGUAUGCUCUGCGAAGUAUUUAAUUUUAUGUAAACUUAUGA